UGUCUCUUCCCUUUCUGUGUGUACCCAGGUUUACGCAUCCAUGAAUACUUGUAUUUCCAAGUGCUGAGCCCUGGAGACAUCCGAUACAUCUUCACUGCCACCCCGGCCAAGGAUUUUGGUGGCGUGUUUAACACAAGGUACGACCAGAUCCACCUGGUGCCGGCGGAUCCCCCCGAAGCCUGCGGAGAGCUGAAUAAUGGUGUCUUCAUCCAGGACCAGAUUGCCUUGGUGGAGAGGGGGGGUUGCUCGUUCCUGUCGAAGACGCGUGUGAUCCAGGAGCACGGCGGACGGGCGGUGAUCAUUGCCGACAACGCCUACGAUAACGACAGCUUCUACAUCGAGAUGAUCCAGGACAGCACCAGGCGGACAGCUGACAUCCCCGCGCUCUUCCUGCUCGGCAGGGACGGGUACAUGAUCAGACGCUCCCUGGAGCAGCACGGGCUCCCCUGGGCCGUCAUCUCCAUCCCUGUCAACGUCACCAGCAUCCCCACGUACGAAAUGAUGCAGCCCCCCUGGACCUUCUGGUAACAGCAGGCGGCUGCGGUGGAUCGAGGACUCCUCGGUGGAACCCAGGAGCUCGCCCCGGGGACCAGGUGUAAGGAGCAGACCCCAACACGCUCCAGAGAUCCCACCGCCCAGACUCGCCGCGUUCAGCAACGGGGAGAUCCUUCUGCUGCUGCCGGCGCGUAGCUGAAGGGCGAACACCAA